AGGGUGUGGGGGAUCCAGCGAGGACUUUAAUACAGUCUCGGACUUUUAUUAUUAUUAUUAUUAGUAUAAUUUUUAGGGAAGUUGCUUCGUGAAGGGUGAUGACUUGAUGUCGGAGACGUUGUAUGCCCCAGUGGCGGGUUUGAUUCAGCAAGGAACAGAUAACUUUCACACAAAUUGACCGACACAAUGUGCUCAAUGAACCAUCCAGGUAACUGGGUCACAUUCGAAGAUGAAGUCACCCCCCAGUCCUCACCGCAGAAAAGCCUGCAGACUCCUUCACCAAGUUCUGGGUCAAUACCUCGACCGAAUGGCUUGAAAUUGGUGCUGCCUCCUUUGGGCAGUUCUGCGAGGAGGUUAUCCAGUCCACUGGAAUCUCCCCAUAUGCACUUUAGCUACAAUGGGAGCUCAUGUGUGCCCAGCAACACUCCAAUGUGCACUCCAGUAAGGGAAACACCGACAGGUCCGUCUCCCUUUAACCUCGACCCACUAAGACCACCUAACGUCAUUAGGAGUUUCUCCAACACCUCGGCGAACGUUUCUUCUCCUGAUAGACGCUUAUCUUCCGAGGCUUCUGCUUGCUUCCCAGCGUUCCAAGACGAUCCUGGUCAGGUUAACUUAUUUUUGGGUGAAAACAAGCACAAACGAGAUUCUGGCAGUUCUUCGUCAGACUCAGAGCCUGGCUCAAGCUUGCCUCGUUUUUUUAUCCGAAACAAGGAUGGUUACGAGCCACCACGGGACCAACUACAAAAUUCCUACUCGUACAUCUGCCAUAAGCUAGAGCGGUUAAAGGCAAAGGAGGACGAAGACCAAGAGAGAGAAGAAAGAAAUUCGGAUAUAGUAAAACUAAAGGAUGUUGAUGAACAGAAAGGUUCUUCUUCCUUUGUUCCACAGGGACUGUUCCUCAGCCAGAGGAGGCAUGGCUGGCCGUUAAUGCUAAGGAUCCCAGAGAAAAAGAACCGUAUGUCAUCCCGUCAAUGGGGCCCUAUAUACUUACAGUUGCUCCCAGGAGCCCUCCUCCAAAUGUAUUAUGAAAAAGGCUUAGAGAAACCAUUUAAAGAGUUCCAGCUUACUUCCAGUUGCUAUCUUUCAGGCCCCAAACUGGAAAGUUAUGGUGAACCGCGAAAAAUCGCCACUUUGAAAAUAGAACAUGUGUCAUACGUUGAACGAAAGCGCUACCACCCCAAACCUGAGGUGACGCAUGAAGCCGAAGUGGAGCAGCUGCUGAAGUUCGGCACAACCGAGUAUGGAGACAUGGAGGACUUGCUGGUGUCCCUUGAGGAGGAACUGAUGAGAUUACCUGGUCCCUUCAAGCAACCAAAACAUUAUGAGGAUCAAGAGAUGUCCUUGCAGAUUGCAGACCAUAUCUGGAUGCGUGUAGAUAAGGAUGGAGCCACUCUGGAGCGUGCAGCCAUCACACGGCUCCAUUGCUUGGCCUUCAUAAACGGCGCAGCGGAAUGUUUCCUGGCACUGAAUGACCUCGGACUUUUGAGUAAAGACUCUAAUUACGGCUCUGAAGAGGACGAAGCGUGGAUGGAGAUCGCUGACUACUGGUUUCACAAGUGUGUAAGAGAGGCUGAAUUCGAAGACACUAGGUUGAUUAAGUUCUCGCCACCGGACGCCUGCAGGGUGGAACUCGGGCGCUACAGGGCGGCAUCACUAAACUGUGGAGACUUGCCCUUCUCAGUCAGGGCUACAGUCACCGUUCAAGGUGCCUACCUGGAGCUACAAGCCUUUCUGAAUAUGCAGUCGUCCUUCCCUACGGUCGGGGCAGAAACUCUUUGUGAAAACGUGCUUAUUCAGAUUCCGCUUCCUGGGGAUUGGGUCAAAGUGCCUCGCACAAUCUCGCUGCUCUGGCAGAAAUCUAUUAAGGCCCGCAUGAACAGAAACGCCUGUCUGGGCUCAGUGAACGUCACAGAUUCUCAUCCUGUCAUGCAGGUGACUGUUGGCACUGUCAAAUAUGAGAACGUGUAUGGAGCUAUUGUUUGGAGAAUUGACAAGCUUCCUGCUAAGAACAUGGCUGCAGACCAUCCCCAUUGCUUCUCCUGUAAGCUGGAGUUGGCAUCAGACCAAGAGAUCCCCACUGACUGGUUCCCAUUCAUCACCAUGGAGUGUGAGGUGGCAGAUACGGUCGUUUCUCAAACCAGGGUGAAGUCUUUGGGAACAGAAAGUGACAUUCAGCCUCAGAAACACAUCAGCUACAGGGCCUUCUAUCGUUGCCAGGUGGAAAUUGAAAAAAAGCUAAUCGAGCCCCAAUCGCAGAAACUAUCAAGUUGCGCAACACAAUGAUAAAAAAAAGAAAAGGAUUUGUUUCAGAGGAAUAAAAACACUUGCAUACUCGCAGUUAUGAAUAAUCAGCAUGCACGUACAACAGGCACAUGGAACGGUCCUAGACUAUUUUGUCCUCCGCAAGUUAAGAUCAGCACACAUAGCUCUACAAUAUAAGACAAGUAUAUGUAUUUAUAUUAACCAUUAAAUUAAUAAAUACAAUUUGUAAUGCUCUGCCAGAAUAAACGACUGUUAAAAACCUGUCUUUGCACUUUAGCCCAUUAUACAUUGCAGGAUUUCAGAGGGAUGAAAUGCAUAUUAAGCCCUUUUAAGAUUAUCUAAUGAAAUGACUUGUGUAGCUGAUGUACUGUAAGCGAUAAAUAACAAAAUAAGGCAUAUAUAAAGUAUAUGCUACCUCCUGAGGUUUGUGAUUUUCCCCAGGAAUUUUAGAAAGAUUGUAUUGCUAAAAUGUACUACGGCAUUAUUAUAAUGUUAUUUUCUAAUAAACGGCUACAUUGCUAACAAUAAUUUUUUAAUUAGUAGGAUUGAUUUGUUAUUAUGCUUCCUCUAGUGCUGCAACACUGCAGGAUGUUACCCCUUCAUAAAAACAAUUACAUAUGUAUAACAGGCUUUUUUGUUGUUGUUGUCGUUGUAUUCACAACAUUGAAAUUUAUUUCAUUUUAGAAAUUAAUAAAGAGAAACUUUUAUUGUUCACACUUA